AGAUCGGGUUCCUGCACCCUAGCGGAACCUCCCCUCCUGCGCUCGAGCGGUGCGCUCCACUCCCGGCCGAGCGGGGAGUUGUGAUGCCUUGCUCUGGGUCUGCGGACUCCGGCGGGGGCUUCUAGGACUCAGGGAGACGCCUUCCGAGGCUGCUGGCACCAAGAGCUUCCUCCCUCACCAGCCAAGACCUGCGGCUUCGACUUUGCCCGCUUCUCAGCUGACGGGACUGCAAAACUGCAACUAAGUAGAGCUGAUCUCCCUGUCCACCUGUGGAAGUCUCGCGCUGACUGAUGUGCAUCGACUUUUUUCCCUCUUCGAUCUUGCCGGCGUCCCCUCCCACAGAUGUAGCAUCACCCAGUGAAUGUACAUUUAGGCUGGUUUUCCCCCCCAGCCUCGGGCUUUGUUUGGGUUGAUUGUGUUUGGCUCUUCGCUAAGCUGAUUUAUGCAGCAGAAGCCCCACCGACUGGAGAGAAACAAAAGCUCCUUUCUUUGUCCCAGAGCGAGCUGCAGAGCCCUCGCUCGAGCCGCCGCCUCGGGCCAUUGGCCGUCGAAGGAGGUGCUUCUAGCGGAGAUUCCGGGACCCGCUGCGCGAACUGGGAGGGCCGCUGGGGCCCUGAGAUGCCGAGCGGUGCCCCGGCCCGCGUACCUGCACCACUUGUCCCGAAGCGCGGCGUCCUCCUACCCCGCCUGCGGAAAACUUCCUAGCGCCUCUUGCCCCGCCGGUCUCCAGGUGCCAGGGAGGCGCGAGUGCGCAACCGGAUAACAGCCAGGCUGUGAGCGCGGUGCGGGCUACUUUACAUUAUGUGCCGCUUGGCCCAGGCUUUAUUUACUGCCGCAUUUGUCUGCCUGCAAAACUGCCGGCGAGGUCCUGCCCCAUUGCUCCGGGCGGCCUGGCUGUUUUCAGUUGUACUUGGACUGGGCCAAAGUGAAGACAAUAGAUGUGCAUCCUCCAACGCUGCGUCCUGUGCCAAGUGCCUUGCUCUGGGUCCAGAAUGUGGAUGGUGUGCCCAAGAGGAUUUCAUUUCAGGUGGAUCAAGGAGUGAACGUUGUGAUAUUAUUUCCAAUUUAAUAAGCAAAGGCUGCUCAACUGAUUUAAUAGAAUAUCCAUCUGUGCGUGUAAUACCAAGUGAAAAUGAAAUUAAUACCCAGGUGACACCAGCAGAAGUAUUGAUACAGCUGCGCCCAGGAGCUGAAACUAAUUUCAUGCUAAAAAUUCAUCCUCUGAAGAAAUAUCCUGUGGAUCUUUAUUAUCUGGUUGAUGUCUCGGCAUCAAUGCACAAUAAUAUUGAAAAAUUAAAUUCUGUUGGAAAUGAUUUAUCUAGAAAAAUGGCAUUUUUCUCCCAUGACUUCCGCCUUGGAUUUGGCUCAUAUGUUGAUAAAACAGUCUCACCAUAUAUUAGCAUCCACCCAGAAAGGAUUCAUAAUCAAUGCAGUGACUACAAUUUAGACUGCAUGCCUCCCCAUGGAUACAUCCAUGUGCUCUCUUUGACGGAGAACAUAACUGAAUUUGAAAAAGCUGUUCACAGACAGAAGAUUUCUGGAAAUAUAGAUACACCUGAAGGAGGUUUUGAUGCUAUGCUUCAGGCAGCUGUAUGUGAGAGUCAUAUUGGAUGGCGGAAAGAAGCUAAAAGACUGCUGCUUGUAAUGACAGAUCAGACAUCUCAUCUUGCUCUUGAUAGCAAAUUGGCAGGCAUCGUUGUACCAAAUGAUGGAAACUGCCAUCUGAAAAACAAUGUCUAUGUCAGAUCAACAAGCAUGGAACAUCCUUCACUAGGCCAACUUUCAGAAAAAUUAAUAGACAACAACAUUAAUGUCAUUUUUGCUGUUCAAGGAAAACAGUUUCAUUGGUACAAGGACCUUCUGCCGCUACUGCCUGGCACUAUUGCUGGUGAAAUAGAGUCAAAGGCUGCAAACCUUAAUAAUUUGGUAGUGGAAGCCUAUCAGAAACUCCUUUCAGAAGUGAAAGUUCAGGUGGAAAAUGAGGUAAAAGGUGUCUAUUUUAACAUUACUGCAAUCUGUCCAGAUGGGGCCAGAAAACAGGGCACAGAUGGAUGUAACAAUGUGACAAGCAAUGAUGAGGUUCUUUUCAAUGUAACAAUUACAAUGAAAAGAUGUGAUGUCACAGGAGGAAAGAGCUAUGCAAUAAUCAAGCCUAUUGGUUUCAAUGAAACCACAAGAAUUCACAUAUACAGAAACUGCAGCUGUCGGUGUGAUGACAGCAGAGAGCCUAAAAGAAAGUGUGUAGAUGAAUCUAUUCUAGAUGCCAAGUGUUUCCAAUGCGAUGAAAAUAAAUGUCAUUUUGAUGAAGAUCGAUCCCUUUAUGAGAGUUGCAAGUCACACAAGGAUCAACCUGUUUGCAGUGGUCGAGGAGUUUGUAUUUGUGGAAAAUGUUUAUGUCACAAAACUAAGUUUGGAAAAGUGUAUGGAAAAUACUGUGAAAAGGAUGACUUUUCUUGUCCAUAUCAUCAUGGAAAUCUAUGUGCUGGACACGGAGAGUGUGAAGCGGGCAGGUGCCAGUGUUUCAGUGGCUGGGAAGGGGAUCGGUGCCAUUGUCCAGCGGCAUCAGCCCAGCACUGUAUCAAUGCAAAGGGCCAAGUGUGCAGUGGAAGAGGCACGUGUGUAUGUGGCCGGUGUGAGUGCACUGAGCCUGGGAGCAUUGGCCGCUUCUGUGAACACUGCCCUGCGUGUCACACAGCCUGCAGUGAAAACUGGAAUUGUGUGCAAUGCCUUCAUCCCCAUAAUCUGUCUCAAGCUAUACUUGAUCAGUGUAAAACCUCAUGUGCUCGAAUGGAACAGCAUUAUGUGUACCAAACAUCAGAAUGUUUCUCUAGUCCGAGCUACUUGAGAAUAUUUUUCAUCAUCUGCAUAGUUACAUUCUUGAUUGGGUUGCUUAAAGUCCUUAUCAUUAGACAGGUGAUACUACAAUGGAGUAGUAAUAAAAUUAAGUCCUCCGCAGAUUACAGAGUAUCAACUUCAAAAAAGGAUAAGCUGAUUCUGCAAAGUGUUUGCACUAGAGCAGUAACUUACCGACGUGAGAAACCUGAAGAAAUAAAAAUGGAUAUCAGCAAAUUAAAUGCUCAUGAAACUUUCAGGUGCAACUUCUGAAAAGAUUUUUUUAAAGUACCAUAUGGCAAACUGGAUUUUUAAUAACUGCUCCUAAAAUUAUAAUUUUAGAAGUCACAGGAGGAGACAAGUUGCUCUAGAUCAUGUUGGUUGCUGGAUGUCCAAUGAAGACUGACAAGCUUCCUCAUCACCGUGUGACUCACAUCGCUGCUGAAUUUUUCAGAGAAAAAUGUGUCUUACUACUGUUUGAGACUAGUGUGUCAUUGUAGCACUUUACUGUAAUAUAUAACUUAUUUAGAUCAGCAUAGAAUGUAGAUCAUCUGAAGAGCACUGAUUACACUUUACAGGUACUGCCAUUCCUACGCAGAUACAAUGCUGUGAUACUUUUGGCAUUGUCACUACAAGGGUACAGUAAUCCCUGCAGAUGAAAUCCCAAACAUGCAGAUGAAAAAAACAAAAAAUCAGGCAGACAGAUAUACUGAUGUUGCCAAAUACAUCAAUUGGCAGUGAGUAAGUAAAAACAGCUAGGUGAAUAAAUGGUUACUAUUCAUUUUUUUAAGAGGUGAACAUUUAUUGUUCAAGAUAGAUCAUUAAUUCUUGAAGGAUAGUUUUAUGCAUGUAUGUUUAUGAUUUGUUCUUCUUACAAGAUGGAUACUAAGUCCAACAUUUUCAUCUCUUUGCCUAUAUGUUUUGUUUUCUUUCUUACAGGAUAAAUUUAUAUAUGUCACAGAUGACUGGAUUUAAUAAGUGCUAAGUUACUACUGCCAUAUAAAACUAAUACAAUGUCACUUUAUUAGAAUACUAGUUUUAAAAACUGAAUGUUUAAUAAGGGACACUGUAAAGUAACAGCAAAAUCUGAAUAGCUUCCUUGUUUGCAGACAUGUAGUUUUUAUGUAUCUUCUUACCUGGUAAACUGGAUGGAUUGUUUCACAAUUUCAUUUGCUUAAUCAUCAGGUUGAAAUUCAUAAGAUACAUAGAAACUGCCUCAAGCAAAGUGCCACACUUUUGAGUAAAUGUUCUCAGAUAUUUACUCAAGUAAAUAUUAGUAUUUUUCAAAUGCAAAUCUGUAUUAUUUUUGCUCUUUAAUGCAGCCUAAGAACAUUCUUCCUGAAUCACAUCAAUCCCCCCAUCAGAAUUCAAAAGUAUACAAUAAGGAGAGAACAGAUAACAUCGUAGUAAUUAGAUAAUCCAUCCCUUUAGUUAGUAAGGAGAUCGAUACUCAGAACUUUUAAAUGAUUUCUCAAAAAGCCAGGCCAGUGUUGAUUACACAGUAUCACACUACCUCCUGAAUCUUAAAAAUAUAUAAUUGGUAAGUAUUUUUGAGUGUGAUUUGCUCGAGUCUUAAGUAUAUGAACAUGAAAAAUUCUGAAGUAAACAGAAAAUAAUUCAAAGAGAUUGCCCAUGACUGGCUUCCAGUCUUUCUCAUUAAUGAGCUUCUAAGAUAUGGCAGCAGAGCCUAACUACAGGGGAAUUCGUUCAUACCAUUUCCAGAGUGAACACUGCUCUCAGGUAGUAUGCACUGCUCAGUUUGACAACUUAAUACAAAGGCCACAAACUUUAUCUUCCCUAACAGAAACUUCUUCACAAUUUCCAUAUCCCUACAGACUCAUUCAACUGAUUCAAAGUAUGUGUUCUGUAAGAGCUCUGCCUAUUUUAACAAAGAAAUUUAUUUAAAAUGUCUUUAGAAUACAGCAGCUCCAUUAGCCACCAUCUACAGUGAAGAAGUUAUGACACUAAGUUGAAGUGUAUUCCCUUUCCCAAAUGAGUGAUUGGGAACACUGACAUAAUUCUAAACUGUGACUCAAUUGAGUGAGAUAUUUUAGAUCACCAAGAAGAAUGUAAAAUUGUAUUUUGCAGCCUCUCUGUCACUUCUAGUAUCUUUUUGAAAAAGAAAAAGAAAUGGAAAUGGAUACCUAACAGUCCUCUAAAAGGGAAAAGGGAAAAUAUCCACUCAUUAAAAUGUAGACAAUUUAAAGAAUGAACAUAAUGAUGUUCAAAAACCAGUUUUCAUAUAGAAUUAAUUAUUCACAAAAGUAUAAAAAAAUGAAAGACUUAAAAUCAGGGGUAUAUAUUUGUUCAUGUUUAUUAGUUUGCACUAAUUUAAAAUGGACCAAGGCUGUUAUUAUCAUAGGAAGAGACAGACUUCCUGAUAGGGAGUUCGAUGCUAGAUGAUUAUGACAUCUUGUGCUUUUUUUUUUUUUUCAUAAAGAUGUAAUCCUUAAAAGAUUUUUAGAGCUUACAUUUUACUUGAAUAAUUGAUAUUUUCCUGUAUAAUGCUUGUGAGAAAUAAACUAACAUUUGACUAUUUAGAGUUAAUUAAAAUGUAAGGGAAAACAGGGUAUUCUUAGAUUAAGUAAUUUAUGUGUAUAGAGCCUAUUUUCAACUAAUAUGACCACAGGAGCCUUUUGAUAGUCACUGAUAACUAAACAUGAGUAAAUGGUUAACAAAAUUAAGAACUUGAACACUUUUGGUACGACAGCAUUUCUAUGCCCUAAGUAAGUAUAUAAUGAUUUAGAAAUGUACCGUGAUACACUACAAUGUAACUGUAUAUAUUUUAUUUCUCUGGGGAUAUCUUUAUACUGUAGGCAUGGAUUUAAAAACAUUUGUCAUCUUUUCUAAAAUUUAUUAAUAUUUAUAGUCAUAGGCAUUCUCUACAAGAAAAAAAAUAUUUUAAAUCUCAUAUUUAGUCUUUAAUGUUCAAUUUAACUUGAUUAUAAUUUUUUUUUUAAAAAAUCUAAGGUUAAGCAGAAUUGAUUUCUGUGUAGGCAAAAUUUUCAGAAUUAGUGGAUACAAUAGAUGCAAUGCUUCACUAAACUAAAGCAGAAAUUCCAUAUUUUUAAAUAUAUAUUUAGUCUCCAUGAAGACAUUACAAGAGGCAUCCAUGAGACACACAGAACUGUGACUACAAGGGACCAUAAAAAUUUUUCUCCAUAGAAUUACAUUCCCCUGGUAGAACAGAUUAGACUCAAUAGCUUUUCCUUCCUUUCUUUACUCCUGAUUUCUACUAACUCUUCCUAAGAAAUUGCCCCAGAGCUUCAUGUUCAAUAAGUCUAAUUGUGGGCAAAAAAUAAAAUGUAAUAAUAUAAUGAAGUUCAUUUGCAAAUAACACACUGUUUCUAAAACUCAUUUGACUUAUACUCCUGAACAAUGAUAGAUCCACUAAAAACUAAGAACUGAAAAUGUUCACAAUUAUUUGAACUUUAAAUAUUAAAGAAUUUGAUAUCUACCUAUUUUCAUGAAAGUAUCGAGUGAGAUAUACUUGGAAGUUCAGCCAUGUGCAUAUUGUAUUUUUUUAUUUAUUCUUAACAUUUAAUUUAUGAUUAUAAUUACUUACACAGACCUUAAAAACUCUACUUCAUGUAAUACAUAUUGAGAUAUAUUUUCAUACAGAGCUUGUAUUCUUUCAGACCACUCCUUUUCUUUUAUACUUCCUCUAAGGCAAAUUCAUUACGUGUAACUGAUUAUACAUACUGAUAUUUCAUUGAUUCGAAGAUACCAACUUUUUUAAUUCAACACCACUAAAAUUGUGAUGUCAUUUGCAAUUGUUGGCACCUUAGAUGCAAUAUUUAAAGUUGUGCUUCAACAUUAUAUUAAUUUAUCUUUAAAUGCUCAUGAGUAAAACGUUCAUUGCUUUGCUUAUACAUAUUUACGAAUCCAUUUAUGAUGACAUGUGAAAUCAAUUUCAGUAUAGCUGAAUCAUAUGCAACUCAUAUGGAGUAUGUUUGAUUAUAUGCUCCGAUUCUAUAAUCCUUUUCACUAUGAAAAGCUCUUGCAGUCUCCUUUUAUUAUUUUAUGCUAGUGGCAGGAAUUUACGGGAAACCCUAACUUGGUUUAAAAGAAGAAUAGGUUUCUCUCAGUUUUGUUAACAAAUUUGUAUUCUCUCUAUUCUUUUCAAAAUCUGUUUCCAACAGAACUGGAAAAUAUUACAUGACCAUCAUAAUUAAAUUUUUGUAGCAUCUUGUAUGUCUUAUGACAAUAAGGAGAGAAAAUAUGAUUCAAACUAUCAGUGCUGUGGAGAAAACUUUCCCUUUGAGUCCUCCUACAUUUUUUUAUUCUUAUCAUAUUUUCUGUUCUUUGAUUUUUUAUUUUUAAUCUGGGCUCUGAUAAACUUACCUUCCAGCAGAUGUAAUGACUAUUCAACAAUCUACAUGUUUAAAUUAUUUGAAUUAUUUGAAACAAUUAUUCAGCUAUCUGGGCAGCUGAGAGUAAUAACACUAUUCUUUAAUCUUCCAAUUUAUCAUUGGAAGCUAACUAUUACUUCUAACCUAUACAACCUACUUCAGUUAAAAUUAUCUAAUCCAAAAAUAUAUUUUUUAAAAAAAACACUGCUGUCAUAAAGAAUGAAAAAGACAUGAUCAUUGUAAACAAAUUUGCUAAUUUGCAUUGUCACAGAUAAAUAUGAUUUUGAAAAGAAUUCAACACAAUGACAGGUAUGGCACACAGACGUUGUUAAGAAUGUUGAAUGUAAAAUGUUUUAAUUCUAAAUUAUGAAAAUAAAAUUACACACCUUAAGAAAUUCAUUUGGUGAAUAUUUAACAUAACAUUAAAAAUACUUUACAGCUAUUUCAUUAAAGUUUUAUAAACCCUAAAAAAAAAUUUAGAAAAAAUUUUAAGUUAUCAGUAAUAUACCCUUGUUUUGUGUAACUUAACAAGUCCAGUCUUUUACUAAGGAAUUUAAUAAAGAAUGUUUUAAUUUAAAAUAUUUGAGUUUCAAAUAGCCCUAAGAAACAAAAUUUUUAUUAAAUGCAUUUCUUUUUAUUUCUGGGUUCGAAUUAGAUAUAAAUUUAAACUGCCUUAAAUUACAUGUAAGAUUGCAGAAUAUGAUAAUUUCACAUACUAUACUAUGAACUUGUUCAUAUAAUUCUGAUUGACUACUAACUUCUGUUUUAUGUAUUUAUUAAAAAUCUGACACUGUAGUUCAUUGUGAAAUGUUUAUUUUUCUAACAAAGCUUAUAAAAGUUAUGACAAGGCAUUUAAUUAAUGCAUCUUUCUGUUAAGUAGUAGGUGUUAAUCAAUAUGAAAUUUUGUGUUUUAAAAUAAAAAUGUAAAGAUGUCAGAAU